AUGGAAAUUUCCGAACCAACAGUGGGCAUAUUUUAUAUAAGCAAAAUGCUGACAUUGGCACCAUUUGCAAUACGUAAAGGGGCUAAUGGCGGUUAUGAGAUACGACGGAGCGUCUUGUUUACAGUUUACUCGGCCUCGUUGAUUUUUAUUUUGGUUUUUCUAACAUAUCGUGGAUUAUUAUUCGAUGCAAAUUCCAAAAUUCCCGUACGGAUGAAAUCGGCAACCUCCAAGGUUGUAACUGCAUUAGAUGUCUCAGUGGUAGUUUUAGCAACGAGUGCAGGAUCACUUUGUGGCUUAUUCGGUUUCAAAGCCACACGGGAACUGAACAUCCGUUUGAGAAAGGUUGAUGAAACACUACACUCAUCGUUGCAUUUUAAAAGAGAUCGUAUACGUGCCAUAGCCAUGAUUGUGCUACCACUCGGAACUAUUUGUAGCUUGUUAGCAUUGGAUAUUGGAACUUGGCUGAGAUUUGCAAGCAAAUCGAAAAGCGUCUCAGUGAACACAGAAACGAAUAUCCACUGGUACAUACCAUUCUAUAGCCUCUAUUUGCUAUUAACUGGGCUACAUGUUAGUCUCGCCAAUACGGCUUUUGGUUUAUGUCGCCGAUAUAAUCGUCUUAAUUUAUUUUUGAAAACUACGUUCUUGACAGAUCGUAAACAUGAGAAUGCAUCUAAACAAAAGGUCACAACUGUAAAAUCGGUAUUGCAAUCUUCAUUCACCUCGAAUACGAGUUUGGUCAAAGUGUCCGCUGAAAAUCAGUUUAACAAUGGAGAAGCGAAGAAAAAAUCUACGCUUAUCAGACUAAUGGCAGAAAAUCAUGAUUCCCUUGGGAAAUGUGUUUAUAUUGUGUCAAGUUCCUAUGGGGCUGCAGUUUUAUUUAUUUUGGUUUCAUGUUUGCUACACUUAGUGGCUACCGCUUAUUUCUUAUUUUUGGAAAUGUUCAACACCAAAGACGGUGGUUAUCUUUGGCUACAAGUGUUGUGGAUUAUAUUCCAUGCAUUACGUUUAUUAUUGAUAGUUGAGCCAUGUCAUUUAGCCAGUGUGGAAUCAAAAAAAACUAUUCAAAUUGUGUGCGAAAUGGAACGAAAAAUACAUGAUCCCAUAUUAGCUGAAGAGAUAAAAAAGUUUUGGCAACAAUUGUUAAUUAUGAGUGCUGACUUUACUGCAAGCGGUCUUUGUCGAGUUAAUCGGAAUAUUUUGACAUCGUUCAGUUCCGCAAUCGCUACAUAUUUGGUCAUAUUGAUACAAUUCCAGAAAACCAAUGGUUAAGCCAUCUAAUAUAACUAAUGGAAUUUAAAAAUAUUUAGAUGAAUAAUAGUGGCAUAAUAAUAACUAUA